GGAAGUGACGUAAAGAAGCCACGUGUGGCUACCGGCCCGCAUGGCGGCGCUCUGGAAGAGGGUUGUGCAGCCGCGGACAGUGCCCGCGGCCUUGGCUCGCCCCAGGGGAUGGCGCGAGGCCAGUUUGGGCGCCGAUCUCGGGGGUGCCGUACGAGUGCGGUUCGCCCCCAGCCCCACAGGCUUCUUGCACCUGGGGGGCCUCCGCACCGCCCUUUACAACUACAUCUUUGCCAAGAAGCACCGGGGGAGCUUCAUCCUGCGCCUGGAGGACACGGAUCAGGCUCGCCUUGUGCCCGGGGCGGCGGAGAACAUUGAGGACAUGCUGGAGUGGGCCGGCAUCCCUCCUGACGAGAGCCCGCGCCGGGGAGGUCCUGCGGGGCCCUACCGGCAGUCGCAGCGGCUAGAGCUCUAUGCGCAGGCCGCAGAAGCACUGCUGAGGACAGGAGCUGCCUAUCCCUGCUUCUGCUCUCCGCAGCGGCUGGAGCUCCUGAAGAAGGAGGCCCUGAGGAACCACCAGACACCACGGUACGAUAAUCGGUGCCGGAACCUGAGCCAGAAGCAGGUGGCCCAGAGGCUGGCCACAGACCCCAAGCCUGCGAUCCGCUUUCGCCUGGAGGUGGAGGCACCGGCGUUCCAGGACCUGGUGUAUGGCUGGAAUCGGCACGAGGUGGCCAGCGUGGAGGGGGACCCGGUCAUCCUGAAGAGCGAUGGCUUCCCUACGUACCACCUGGCCUGUGUGGUGGACGACCACCACAUGGGCAUCAGCCACGUGCUGCGGGGCUCCGAAUGGCUCACCUCCACCUCCAAGCACCUGCUGCUCUACCAGGCGCUGGGCUGGCAGCCGCCCCACUUUGCCCACCUGCCCCUGCUUCUCAACAGGGACGGCAGCAAGCUGUCCAAGAGGCAAGGGGACAUCUUCCUGGAGCACUUUGCUGCUGCUGGCUUCCUACCCGAUGCCUUGGUUGACAUCAUCACAAACUGCGGCUCGGGGUUUGCAGAGAACCAGAUGGGCAGAACCCUGCCUGAGCUGACAGCGCAGUUCGACCUGGCCCGGAUCACCUGCCACUCAGCCCUGCUGGACCUGCAGAAGCUCCCAGAGUUCAACAGGCUGCACCUCCGCCGGCUGGUGAGCAGUGAGACCCAGAGGCCCCAGCUGGUGGGGAAGCUGCAGGCCCUGGUGGAGGAGACGUUUGGGACCCAGCUGCAGAACAGGGAUGUGCUUGAUCCCGCGUAUGUGGAGAGGAUCAUCUUGCUGCGACAGGGUCACAUCUGCCGCCUGCAGGAGUUGGUCGCCCCGGCGUACUCUUACUUGUGGACUCGCCCUGCUGUGGGCCGAGCGCAGCUAAGCGCCGUCUCCGAGAAGGUGGAUGAGAUCAGCAAGCGCGUGCUGGGGCUUUUAGAGAGAUCUGAUACAGACGUAACGCAAGCCGUGCUGAACGGAGAGCUGAAGAAGCUGUCAGAAGGGCUGGAGGGCACCAAGCACAGCACUGUGAUGAAACUCCUCCGCGUGGCGCUCAGUGGACAGCUGCAAGGACCUCCUGUCGCUGAAAUGAUGGUGUGCUUGGGACCAAAGGAGGUGCGGGGACGGAUCCAGAAGCCCGGCGCUGGGACAGCUUGGAGGACAGUAGAGGAUGCACAUCUCAGGCCCAGGGAAAGAACUGCAGAGUGACACAGUGUCAUUAACCCCACUGCUGCCUGGUGCUGGGCAGUGUUGGGGACCCCUGCAAAGUGGCUCUGAGCAGGAUUUAAUGUUAACCAGUUGGCUUUCCGUGUUCACUUGUGAGUUGUCCGAAGCUUAGGCCCUUGUCUGAAGAUAGGCAGUGGGCUCAUAGUAAGUAAACCUCUGUGAGUCCCUGGUCACCACGGAGGCCUGCACUGGCCUGGGAAGCUGUGACACCUCAGAGG